AUGAAUUGGGCGGCGACAUCAGAUGUGAACGGGGCAGGGGUUUCACAACAGAGAAGGCAGAAAAUGUUACCUCGACGUGCUGCAAAGGAGGGAAAGGCGAAAACAAAGGUUCUUUUCAAUCAGAUGGACCAUCAGCAAGGUCACUCUGAGGAAGAAUGCAGUAGAGCAUCAGGUAGAGUGGCAGAAAGUGACGAAAAUGAAGACAAAACCAUAUCCUUUACUUCAUCUCAUGAAAGUUCCUCUUCUAAAGUGGACUCUGUCAAACCUCCUGGCCCAGCAUACCAUCCGGUACUUGGUCUGGGGCCCCCGUCACUUCCAAAAGGCAUCAUUUCUGUUGCGCUCGGGACAGCCCCACCUGUCCAAACAGCUCGCAGAUGGCAAGUAAAUCACGAGCAGCUUCUAACACCGUCUGCGUCACCGUCAAAGAAAUCCAAAUACUCCGUGGGGUCCCAGAUUCCUACGCAGGUGUCUACGCCGGCUUCGCGUUUGGAGCAAGCGGGCGAGGAGACAGAGGCAGGCUCAGAUUUGGUCUUCGAUGAUCUCGUUCAUCCGCCGGAAGAAGCCUGGACCGGCCCCAAAAGCGCGCGUUCUUUUGUAGUCUUCUUCAAUCCGAACGGAAGCAGCUCCUCCCAGAUGUCCCAGCCCAAAGCCAUGUUCGAGCUGCCACCUUCAUCAAUUCCUCCUCCAAGCUUCAUGUUCAACCACUUUGCAAAGAUGGUUGAUGCAAUCCCGGAUGAGGAUUAA